UGUGUGUGUGUGUGUGUGUGUGUGUGUGUGUGUGUGUGUGUUCAAUUCAACCAGACAUAACCACUUUAACAUAUACAACACUGUGCUGUAGGCUUGUGUAAAAUUUAAAAAAUAAAUACAUUUCCUGAAAUUGAUGAAUUUGACAUUAUUUUCAUACCAUUUUUAGUAAGAUUUUUAAUGUAUUAGACAGUAAAUUCUGACAAUGACUUCAGUUUUUAUUUUUAGUGCCUUUGUUUUGUCUCUCACUGCCUAAAGUUUUUACGACGUUGAUGUAUCUCGGGCAGGUAUUUAUUGGGACAUACAUGAUCAAAUUCAGAUUCUGUAACAGGAAUCUGAUUUUAAUAUUUAUAAUGAAUCAUAUUUUCUAUUUUACUGUGUUCUACUAAAAUAUUUUAUCAAACCUGUACCUUCUAUUUUCAAAAUAUUAAAAUAAACUCCGUAAGAUUUUUAUACAUAUUUUAUUUGUUAUCGGUUUAAAUGACAUACAGUCAACCUUACUGUCCCUUCUGCUGUUCUAGUAAUUUAUCUUGCUUGUAAUAUUUUUCUUUCAGUGUUUUUAUAGUUAUAUUUCAGUUUAUUUUCGUGAGAACCUUUAAAUAUUGUCUGUAAACUGUGGAGGGCUUUGAGUUGUGCCGACUCCUAUAAAAUACUCUAUAAAUACACUGCGUUGCUUCAGUGGCGAUUGUGUGUGAGCGGUGCGUAAAUAGUGUGUGACCCCUGAUGUCAGUGACCUCUGGCCACACACACCGUGACUCAUGUGUUUCCAAACCCUGAAAGGUUAGCUGUGUCUGAGUGAGGGGGCGUGAUGAAACUGGAGUAUUAUGAAAACUCUGACGAAGUUCUACACACUUCAGAAGAGUUUAAAUGGAAGCAGACGUCCUCGGCGCUCUGAGCCGCCCUCACCUGGGAUCGAGGUUCACGCCCCGCAUGUCCUGAUCAGACCGAGGCAGCUGAAGCUCCGGGCCGCGUCCGAACCGAAGUCUGGAUCUCACAGCAGACUCUUUCUGCAGAGCGCCGCCAUGAGCUGCUGGGUUCUCCUGUUGGUCCUGGGCUCCAUCGGAGGAGCAAGUGGAAGACCGCCGUUGCCUGCUCUGCCUGUCAAAGACGGCUGCUACCUGGUGACCCCGGAGGUGGAGGUCUUCAGGGUGGAGGGGGAGGCCGUCAUCCUCCACUUCCCCUUCUUCGCCCGAGCUCUGGAGGUCCGCAGCAUCGCCCCCCCGGCUGCAGGGUUCCUCAUCAGGAGGGAGAACCGGACGGAGGAGCCGAGCCCCCAGGACGGGCCGGGCCCCCGGGACCCGGAUCAGGUCCAGCAGGACCCGGAUCGAGUCCAGCAGCACAGGCACCAGCUGUGGCUCCUCCCGGCUCGGGUCUCGGACUCGGGGGAGUACACCUGCACCUACAGAAAUGAGACCUUCUGCGUCCGAGGCAGCGUCACGCUGCACAUGUUGGCGUCUCCGUCGGUGGACGUGGAGCUGCUGUCCUACCCGGUGUCCGCCGCUCCCGGAGACCCUCUGAGACUCAGCUGUCCGUCUCUGGGCGUCUUCAACCGGACGGACCGGCCCGUGCAGUGGUUCAAGGACUCCAACGGCACGGCGCUGGGCGGCGCGGCGGACGGAGACAGGCUGCUGAUCCCCGCCGUCCGGACGGCGCACGCCGGCGUCUACACCUGCAGGCUGCGGGUGACCGUGAGCCAGCGGCAGUUCACCGUCAGCAGGGUCAUCCUGCUGCACGUGGAGGGAUCAGACCCGGAGACCGCCGCCACCCCUCCCACAGACCCCCCUGCCACCGCGGACCCCGGACCUCCCAGCAGCAGCGUUCACACGCCGGUCCUGCAGCCGCCGCUGAUCCUGUCUCCGCUGAACGGCUCGGUCUGGGAGAGUCCGCACGGUUCCGGACUGGAGAUGUCCUGCGUGGUGCUGACGGACUGCCGGCUGGCCGACUCCACACAGGUCACAUGGCUGGUGAACGGCCAAUCGCUGGAGACUUCCUACCUGGACAGGAAGGCUCUGCAGGGAUGGAGGAGGGUCUCGGUCCGGCCUGACGGCUGCCGGCUGGAGCUGCGGCUGAUGGUGUCUCAGAUCUCGGAGGAGGACCAGGACGUGGAGGUGGCCUGCGUGGCCCACAGCGCCGCCGGCAGGCGGGAGGUGGUCACGCGCCUGCGCCUGGAGGACUCCACCUUCACCUGGGCGGUGGUCGGUGCGGCGGCCGCCUGCUGCUUCCUCGCCGUGGUCUCCGUCUUCCUCUUCGUCCUCUUCAGACCGGAGAGGAAGAAGAGGAGGUCGGACUACAUCCUGGCUCGGCAGAGCAGCAGCUUCUGAGGAGCGCCGCUCUGGGAGCGCCUCGGUCCUCGGACGGACCCGGAGGUGGAGGCUGCAGCCACCGUCGUCUCACACUGGAGAAGCAGAGACACACUGUCCAACCUGGACAUCUGUCCGUCACGCUUUUGUACAGAAACACUGUAGUUUUCAUUUCAUUGUGUGAUUUUGAGGUUUUUUUAUUCACUGAGGAGCUGAACUGGAUUUUAUUAUGAAGAAGGAAAAGCUUAAACUUUGACACUUGAAUUCCCAGAUGAUUUAUAAUGGAAAUAAAAAUCC